AUGGAAGCUAGAUCAAGGGAAGAGACUUUAAGGAUGGAGGCUAGAACCAAGCAAUUGGUAGAGGCUGAGAGGGAACAUUUACUGAGUCAGCUUUCCCAACUUAUCCCCAAUUUUGAUCCAAGCAUGCUUAAACCGAAAACUAGCCCCUGUCAAAACCAAGGUCUAGAGCAAAGUCCCAAAAAUCCAAUGUCUGACAAAGCAAGCUGUUCUGGGGCUGAUGGUAAUGAAGUAGUUGAUUAUUCAAAUGUGGAGGUGCCAUCUUCCUUACAAUCCCUUUGUCGUUAUGUGGAAACGACACUAAAGCCUCAGGGGAAGAUCUUGACCUUCAACAUUGAGAAGGAGGUGUUUGGUGCAGAUCGCAGUACCUUCGUCUUGCAUGAAGAUAUUACACAGUUUGCAGGCAUGGAAGAAAUUGGGGCUACUGUGGUUGCAGUAUAUAUGAGGUGCUUAUAUGAUCGUUUGAGAGAAGCAAAUAUGUGCAGCAUGGUUGGCUUUAUCGACCCUGCUCAAGUUAGUGCCAACGCUGGCCGUCAUUGGGUCUUGCUGAUUGUGAGAGCAAAGAGGGAAACCGUCUAUUUUCUGGAUCCUCUGCCUGGAAAUCGUGUGGUUGAUGAGGCAGGCCAAAACAUCAUGAACAGUGCUUUAAAAAUUUAUAAUUCCCACAUAGGCAGACCAGGCCGUAAAGCACCAAUUUGGAAAACUCUACCAGGCACACCAAAGCAACCCAGAAGUGUCGAAUGCGGGUAUUAUGUGAUGCGCUUCAUGAGGGACAUCAUCAUGGAUCCUUCCUUGGAGUUUGAGAAGAAGUUUGCCAAGGGAAAAGAGCAAGCGCCAUACCCCCAAGCAGCCAUUGAUGAAGUCCGGAAUGAAUGGGCAGAUCUUGUUUGCCUUCAUAUGGAGUAG